GCGGUGGCAUCUGAGGGUGAACUCAGCAUAAUCAACUCAGCCCCAGGACUGGUGCAGGGCAGACUCAGAACCUGCAGCACCGACCUAUGGUCAAAACGCCUCGUCUGGCUUCCUGCCUCUGCACUGACACACUGCAAAACCUUGGGGAAAGUACUUCUCCUGUGUCUUCCAUGUGCCACUCACCUAUGUACAGCUUCCCUUGGUGACAUGUCCCCCAGCCACCAUUGCAGUCCCACUGGUGCCUGGUCAGAUGUGUCUUGAUCCUCACAUCAACAGCUCAGGGGGUGCCUGGACAGGAGCGACUGAGCAAUUGCCACCAUCUGUUUUACAGCCACUUGUAGUCCUAGUAACCCCCCAUCUUUUGGCCUGCUUGAGGGAGCAACUAGGUGCACCAAGGCUGCCUUGUGAACUGGGAACCGAGAUGCAGGAGAACAACAUCAACACCAUCCACUUCUUUUAGAUUUGUGCUGUAGAAGUCAAGCCCAGCCUGUUACUUCUCCUUCCUCUGCUUUUCCUUUUCUUUUCCCUUCUUCCCUCUGCAGAAUAAAAAAGAAGAGGUAUUUCCCAGUGAAGCAGGUACAGAAGUAGGGGCUCGCAGACCUGCAAGGCAGCAUCUGAGGCAAGGCAGACACAUGGAGGGAAGGGGGAAGCUCUGGAAUCCAGUUUUUCCAUGUGUGCCAACACUGCAGAGGUGGGGCGCCCCAUUCAGUCCUGGGAGGAGCACCCACCCCCUGCAUUUGCAAAUAGGUUCACGGCAGCCAAUCAGCCAACUCUGCCCAGGGCACAAAGUGCUCUGGGGAGGACACAGCCAUGAUAACACCUGCACCUUCCAGCAAAGAGGACUGGUGGCUGGGAGACUGCAGAAAUGGGGAUGUGGAGAAGAAUGAAAUCAGGCUUUACAAACCAGAAACAACCCAGGUCCCAGAUCCAAAGAAGAGCAGGGGGAAGCAGACCCUAAACUUUUGUAGGCAGCAAAAUCAGCAGAAAAAGUAUUUUAAUUUUCUGCUUUAAAUAGUGGGGUUGUAAGAGUGCAUGAAUGAAACUGUGAACUGCACAGAAACUUGGUGAUGCCGUCUUUGAAGAGAAAAUCUGAAAGAAUGAAAUAAACUGAGGCCACAGCUUGGAGCCUGGUGGGGGAAGGAAUCAAGCGAAGAUGGACAAGUUUCGGAUGAUCUUCCAGUUCUUUCAGUCCAACCAGGAAUCCUUCAUGAAUGGCAUCUGUGGGAUCAUGGCCCUUGCCAGCACCCAGAUGUACUCAGCCUUUGAUUUCAACUGCCCCUGCUUGCCACUCUACAACCUGGCCUAUGGGCUGGGCAUCCUCCUGGUGCCCCCCUUCAUCUUGUUCCUGCUGGGGUUUGUGCUGAACAACAACAUCUCCAUGCUGGCAGAGGAGUGGAGGCGGCCGCAGGGCCAGCGGGGGAAGGACCCGUCUGUCCUGCGCUACAUGUUCUGCUCCAUGGCACAGCGGGCCAUGAUCGCCCCCGCGGUCUGGGUGUCGGUGACGCUGCUGGACGGCAAGUGCAUCACCUGUGCCUUCUGCACCUCGGUGCCCGUGGAGACCCUGGGCAAUGCCAGCCACUCCCGCCUCUCCCAGGGGGAGAUACAGCGGGUCCUUGCCCGAAUCCCCUGCAGGGAGAUCUACAAUGGGCAGCAGCUCAUUGCCAAUGAAGUGGCCGUCAGGUACCUGCGCUGCAUCUCACAGGCUCUGGGCUGGUGCUUUGUGCUGCUGAUGACCACUCUGGCUUUCUUGGUCAGAUCACUUCGGCCUUGCUUCAGCCAGGCUGCCUUCCUGAAGAGCAGAUACUGGUCCCACUAUAUCGACAUCGAGCGCAAGCUGUUCGAUGAGACGUGCGCGGAGCAUGCCAGGAGCUUUGCCAAGGUCUGCAUCCAGCAGUUCUUUGAGGGCAUGAACACCGACCUGGUAGCUGCUCGCUGCCACCUGCCCAGGAAAGCCCCUGCCGAUGCAGGGGAAGCUGCCGAGAAGCUCUUGGGCAUCACUGACCAGGGCACCAUGAACAUGGCCCUGAAGAGCUGGCACAGAUGCAAGCCCCCACUGCACCUGCACCCACCUGCCCUCCCCACUGGAAAUGGCUGGGCAGGAGAAGGGCAGCCCCCCACGCACCUGUCUGCACCCCAAAGAGAGACAGCUGCCUACUACAGCUGGGUGUGAAGGCCCACGGGGCUGUUCAGAGGCAGAAUCACGUUUUUGUGAGAUGGGCAGAAGAAGCCGGGGUACAGGCAAG